AUGGGACUUCUAACAAUCAUUAGAAACCAGAAGAGGAAGGAUAAGGAAAUACGAAUGUUGGUCCUAGGACUUGACAAUUCAGGCAAGACCACAAUCGUUAAAAACAUGUUGCACGAAGAUGUUGACAUCAUUUCGCCAACAAUGGGAUUUCAAAUACAGUCGUUGCCGUACAAAGGUUACACACUAAAUAUGUGGGAUAUUGGUGGACAAACCAGUCUAAGAGCAUUUUGGAGUAACUAUUUUGACAAGACAGAUGUAGUUAUGUGGGUUAUUGAUGGUCUUAGUUUGGAGCGAAUAGAGGAGUCGUACCGAGAGUUGCGUGAUAAAAUUAUCGAACAAGACAGGUUAGUAGGAGUGUAUUUGCUAAUUGCUAUAAAUAAAACAGACUUGAUACCGGAGGGGGAUUUGAAGUCAUUGAAGGAAACUGUGAGUCGGCUUUUGCAGUUGGAAGAGGUGAUUCCUGAACGAGAUCAUUGGAAUAUCGAGUUGGUUAGUGGCAAAACGGGAGCUGGGAUCGGAAAGGUUUUGGAUUGGGUUAUUUCGAGGGAGUAUUAA